UUCGUUAAUAGAUAAGAAAUUUUUAAAUUAAUAUGAAGAUGCUUAGAAAAUAAGUGAAGGAGUGACAGUGAGAAAGUUGUAACUGUAGUGGCUGGCGGCAUCACAGGCAACGCCUUAGCUGGACCUUCAGGUGGCCCCUGUGAUCACUUCUUUACCGGAACCAACAGUGGGUAGGUGGUUAAGCAGACGUUCCUAAAAUUUAAACAAUGUCCGUGGGAAUACCAACGCUGUAAGAAACUUCUGUAUACUAUAUCCCCCACCACUGCCAGACAUUAGUGAAUGGUGUCUUACAAGAGGAACUUAAAGUCAUUCAUGCAUUUUCCAUGAAGACAUUAACUCCAGAGCAGUGGGAGCAGCAACAGCAGUAAGCUUACAAAGAAAGGGAAAGUGCCUGCAUCAGAAGCUUGCAAUGUGAAGCUCAGUGAAAAGGCAAGAGCAGUUUUCAUAAUUAAAGCCAGUUUUAAUAUGACAACAAAUAGCAACCAUAAUGAAAGGAUGUCCCAGGUUGUGAAGUUGAGUGCACCAGGAAAGGUUAUCCUUCAUGGUGAACACUCUGUAGUUUAUGGAAAGCAAGCAGUAGCACUCAGCCUCAACCUGCGCACUCAUCUCACACUCGCUACAGGUGGCAAUUCAGUCACUCUUGACCUGCCUGAUGUCAAGAUUAAUGAAUCAUGGCCACUUGAUAUGAUUAAAGAUCUUUGGAGACAAUUGGGAUGCAAAGAGGAAUCUGAUGCAACCCCUUUGUCAGAAGAGCAAGCAGCUUAUUUACGUCAGUUCUUGAGUAUUGGGGAAGUGGCCAGUCCACAGAAACUGGCCCUCUUGUCAUUCUUGCAUCUAUACCUGGCUAUCUUACCAUGUCCAGUAGCCCUCACCAUUUCUGUUAACAGCCAGUUACCUACAGGAGCUGGCUUGGGUAGUUCUGCUGCAUAUGCAGUAUGCUUAUCUGCAGCACUGCUUCAUAUAUCUGGUAGCCUAAAUCCAUGUCAGUUGUCUUCCUUUACAAUAGAUGGCAGCAUUAGUGACAUUACUAGUUUUAGUAACUUAAAAAAUGUUUGUUAUUGGGCAUACAAGAGUGAACAGAUAGUUCAUGGAACACCAUCUGGUAUAGAUAAUUCCAUUUGCACCUAUGGUGGGGCUGUUAGUUUCAAAUGUGGCAACAGUUCUCCUAUGCAUGUGCCACCAUUGCAGGUGCUUUUAGUCAACACAGGUGUACCACGCAGUACAAAAGCACUGGUGACUGGGGUUCGUGAGAGGAGAGAGCGUUUGAUGCCAGUUUUAGAACCAAUCCUAGAGUCUCUUGAUGCUCUUGCUGACCGUGGUCUCCAGGUAUUGCGUCAGCUUGCCUCUGCCACAGAGGACGAUGAACGUAACUCUGUUUAUAGUACUUUAUUUGAAUUAAUAGACAUUAACCAAGCACUACUGUGUGCCUUGGGUGUGUCACAUCCUAGCUUAGAUCGCCUGGUGGGUAUAUCUAAAUCUCAUGGCUUGCAUGCAAAGCUUACUGGUGCAGGGGGUGGUGGUUUUGGCAUUGUUGUUUUAGGAAUCUCCACCCCUGAAGCCAGAGUUUCUGCCUGUUGCAAGGAGCUUGAAGAUGCAGGUUACCAAGUAUGGACAACAUCCCUGGGUGCACCUGGCCUGACUUUUCAUCAUCCUCAUUAUGACAAACCACCACCUGCUGAACCUUUGUUUAAUUAAAAAGAUGAAACUAUUACCAUCAUAAAUUCAUGAUAUAGCUAGCAAUACUUAUGCACCAACAGAGACUCAUUUAUGGUUUUCUUGACUGUGAUGGAAUAUAAAAGUUUUACAAAACAUUUGUAAUUUCUUUUGCAAGACAGCAUCUUUCUCUUUUUAAAUAGUGAAUGACUUGUCAGCUAAUUAUAUAUACAGUGCAUCAUAAAAACUGCACUAUUAAUGAUUCACUCAACUUAUGGACUGAAGCAUGGGAAAAAGUAGGGUUGCAUUCUUCAGACCUCUGAGAGGGCUGUAACAAAUUUCUUUAAUAUUAGUCAUAAAAAAAAAAUUUCUAACCAAACAUUAAUGAUGAUGCUCUGUUAAAUACUCGAACUCUAGUAAGGUUCAGUUAAAACGAGUACACUAGUUAAAAAAUUGUUGUUACAUUAAUACUGUACAUGUUGUGUUACACACCUAUGAGGAUAGACUGAGGGCCCUGAAUCUGCACUCUCUCGAAAGGCGUAGAAUUAGGGGGGAUAUGAUCAAAGUGUAUAAAUGGAUUAUUAUAAUCAAAAAGAAGCGCUAAGCCACAAGGGCUAUACAGCAUGUAUAAAUGGAAAACGAAUAAAAAAAAAAAGGGGGAUGUAAAUAGCGUGCUGAAAAU